AUGUCCAAUGGCAAGAUAAUCGCCAACACUCCUUUGGCUGUGGAUUUCUGGCAUGUUCGCAGAUGUCCAGAGAGCAGACUUUUUUUCUUGACGCAUAUGCACAGCGACCAUACGGUCGGCCUGACUUCCACAUGGGCGGACCGACCCAUUUACUGCUCCCCCGUGACUGCAUCUCUACUCAAAAUGAAGUUGCAGGUGAAAGAAAAGUGGAUCCAUUCGUUGGAGGUGGGGGAGUCACACCUUCUGCCCCUGGAUGACAUUGGCAAGGAACACAUGACCGUCACACUGAUCAACGCCAACCACUGUCCAGGCGCUGUCAUGUUCCUCUUCCAAGGCUACUUUGGCACCAUACUAUACACUGGUGACUUCAGAUAUUCCUCGUCACUGCUGCGUGAAGUGUGUUUGGCAACCAAUGCCAAUAUUGAUGUCCUGUACUUGGAUAACACCAAUUGUGACCCCAACCGCAUCAUCCCCUCAAGACAGGAAGCCACUCAACAAAUCAAGCAAAUCAUCCGCAGCCACCCAGACCAUAAUGUUGUCCUAGGUCUGUACGCCCUAGGCAAGGAGUCCCUGUUGGUGGAGCUGGCCAUGGAAUUUCAAACUUGGAUCGAGGUAAGCAUGGACAGAAUGGAGACCCUCAGAUUGCUCAAACUACCCGACGUGUUCACCACAGACUUUGACGCUGGUCGCAUCCGCGUUGUUGAACAAAGAGAGAUCACCUUUUCAGCUCUGUGUCAUUGGAACAGCAAAAAACCCACAUUGGCCAUCUAUCCUACCAGCAGGCCUACCCGCCUCUUCCACUCCAAAUUUCAUGUGGUGCCCUACUCUGAUCAUUCGUCCUAUCAUGAGCUUGUAGACUUUGUCUCUGGACUCAAACCUUUCUCCCUCGUGCCCAUUGUUGGCAACAGCAUUCCAGAAAGCCUAUCUACCUUGUUACCUUGCAAACGGCACCAAGUAAUUGUGCCUCAGUCAGUGCAACAGUACAUGAGUAGGCUACCAGAAAACUGUCACAAAUCAUCAGCCUACCUACCGCGCCAACAUGACCGGCCACUUGUGCCUAAAGGAGUGAUUUUUGACUCUCCGGGGAGCUCAACUAAGAGGCCCAGGAACUCUCUUUGUCAAGAUUUUUCUUCUGAGGAGGGGAUAGAAACGGACAGUGUUGAUUGUGUCAUGCCCAAAUCCAGCAAAAUUCUCACCUCGAGGAAAACAUGCCACCAAAACUCUUUAAACUCAUGCAGGCGCAACUUCGUGCGCACCAUCCCGGAGGAGAUGUUAACUACGCACUCCUUGCCGUUUAGUCAACUCAGAGAGAGCAACUUUGCCCCCAUGGAGAUCCUGAAGUUUAGGAACGUACACCUAACACCGAGGCAACGUACCACUAAGGAGGCAGCAGGAAGCUUGGCCAAAAGGAUUUCUGCUUGUUCAAUGUCUAAUGACACUGACUCAAGCGUGUCUGAAAGCGACUCUAUAAUCCUCUGCAGUUUAAAUUGUGAUUCCCCUACUUUGUCAGAUUUAUUGGGGGUUUCCGAGGCUGAAUUAAACCAGGUGGAAAAUGACGUCUUUAAUCAUCUAGUUAUCCCAGAGCAGGAUUUAGAGCCGUUGUGCCUCCUCAAUGAGGAUGCCCUUCGCAUGGUUCGCCUUUGUCCUGUACCCAAGCGACACUUGCUAUAA